GCUGAGGUCGACGUGUGUGAGGGUGUAACUAAAAUAAAUCGAUAAAUGGAUUAAUGUAUGUCCGUUAUAUCUAUUAUAUGUAAAAUAUAUUAUUAUAAAUGCUAUAUACAGUGUUGAAACGUUGCAAACUACGGACUAUCGCGCUAAAAUUCUCAACUAUGUCGUGUAAUUAAUUUCGAAUUGAAUUGUGAUUUUACUGUUGAAGUGAAUGAAUUACAGUACAGUUUGAAUUUUGAAGAUAACCUCCUUGUGCCUCGAAGCGCGCGAAUGUCAAACGUCAAAGUGUCAACAAGCCAUAGACAAAAUGUGUCAUAGAUUAAAAUAUACUUAAACGGGUAGCAAGAAGCGUUCUAUAAUGGCUACGCCUCCAGAGUCACCCGUUGAAGAACAUGCGUAUGAAUUGGAACCGAACCGACCUCCGAAGCCAAUACCUGUGGCGUUAGAAGAAUUAUGUAGGCAGACUAAGUUCUCGAAACAAGAAAUUAGAGUUAUGUAUAGAGGAUUCAAGACGGAAUGUCCUGAAGGUGUGGUGCAUGAAGAGUCAUUCAAGGAUAUUUACGCGAAAUUCUUUCCACAUGGCAAUUCUGCGCUGUACGCCCAUUAUGUUUUCAAGGCAUUUGAUGUCAACUGCAGUGGUGCUAUAAGCUUUCGGGAACUCCUAGUAACCCUAUCGACGCUGCUUCGUGGUUCAGUAUACGAGCGACUCCGUUGGGCAUUUCGGCUCUACGACGUGGAUGGUGAUGGGGCGAUCACGCGACAGGAGCUGAGCGAGGUGGUGGUUGCUGUACACGAGUUGUUGGGCCGACGGGCGCCACCUGGAUCACCGGCUUCGAGGAUAGAUGACGCAAAAGCUGCUGAACAGGUUGACCGCGUGUUCAGGAAGCUAGACCUGAACCAGGAUGGAGUCAUAACCAUCGAGGAGUUCUUAGAGUCGUGUCUGAAGGAUGACGUCAUCACUCGAUCGCUACAGAUGUUUGACACGGGGCUAUGACGUCAAAGUGACACACCGCCGCCUAACACUAGCAGAUUGGUACGUCACUGCGAGUGCAAGCACGGAUGGCUACACAACAUGGCGGCCGCAUAUCGUCUACGAAUCACACAGUACGCGCAGUACAUCGCUACAAUAGAACGCUUCUAUAUUCGUGUUCUACGUCCAAACAUUCGUUCCGUACUCGUUUUACACUUCUAGAUUUGUCUAUGCUCUUGUCACCACAGAUUAAUACAACUUAUGAUUUGAUUAUUUUUGUCGACCACAGAUUUAUGAUGCGUCACAAGUAUUGGGUUAGAUUAUUUAGAAACAAUCUAGAAUGUUUCGAAGUAGAUUGAUUCACGUUAUCUAGUAUUGUUAUAUACAAAAGCUUCUAUGUACUUAUCGAAACGCCUUAUCAGCGCAUUUAUGACAAGUUUAUAUAUUAAGUUUAUAUACCGUAUAGACAUCGUUCGGAAACGUAAAUUUAAUAAGUAAACACCGACAACCUUCGGGCUCCAUCAGAGGUAAUUAUGAUGAUGAUUACUUCAUAAAUCAAACCUAGAAUCAUGUCCAUACCAACAAAAAAAUGCAUCAUAAUUAAUCUAAUAUAUAUAUAUACGAUGCCACAUACAAUCGAACUUAUAUGCCAUCAUCGGCUCGUAAUAUAUUUUAUAUAUAUGACCUCUACUAGCCUAUCAACCACGUGAUUAGGCAGAUCUAUGGACAAGAAGUUAGACAGCAGCUAUUGUCUAGUAAGUCCCUUUGCUAAUAAGGACAUUAUGUAGACGCCAACCAGACCUACGUGGUUGGCGUCUCCCGCCAAGCGACGAAUACUCCGUUAAUAUCCUCAUGAUAGCGAGUCGUAGCCUGCUAACAGACUAUUUACAACAUAAAUUAACGUGUUAACGUGUAAGUAAGUUAAAAUAUACAUCAAGCGAGUGUCAGCAACAAUUGUAUAAUGUAGUCUGUGCGUAUUGCCAAAUUAUUGCCUUGUAAAAAAUUUUUUGAUGAACACCGUAAUUUUAAAAUGUUCUUAAAUCUUGCGAAUAACUUGGACGUUGUUAAGUUAUUUGUAAUGUAAUUAUAAGAAUUAGUAUGCUCGUUGUAUGUGGAGUUUUCUGAAUAAUAAAAAGUUUGCAGACCGGUAUUUUUAGAUAGUAUAGUCUAUGAAUUAACUUGUCAAAAAAGUUCGCGCGUUAUUUUGCGAUAGACAACAACGUUACGAUAGUUUGUGUUAGUGAACUUAACAUUAAAUCAUACUCUUUUACAUCUAAGCAUUGGUUUUAUAAAAAAAAUAUACAUAUAUUAUAAAACAAUAUGCUGGUUAAAGUUCGAAGCGCAUUUUAGUAUAGUCCUUGUUUAAUUCCGAGACACAGGGUAUUUUUUUGGAAAUUGUCAAAUUGAAAUUUUGUAUGUGUUUUCAAAUUUUCCGACUUUCAGCUUACGUCCGACCUACCUCAAAGUCACAUACUUACACUUGAUUCCUACAUUCAUUACCGCUAAGACGCUAUAACUAAAUAAAACACAAACAGUUGUAAAGCGAGUCGCGUGAUCAAAUAAACAUUAUUCUAUAAUAAAAUGGUGAACUGUAUUGAGCUAUAAAUCAUCACAGAUAAUAAUGUUAAUAUCAUAAGAUUGUCUGCCAUCUCAUUGUACUCUAUCUCUUUUCUUCACACUGUAAACACAAUUGGAUAGAAAAAGACGUAAUUAUUCUUUACUAUGCAAUCAGGCUGAUUUAUUUUCCAUGUCUUACGGUAAUAUUUAAUUAAAAAUACUUGUCUUAGAAGCAGAUUAUACUAUAGCCUAUUAGAAAUGUUAUAUCAACUUUUAUUUAAAUACAAAAAUGAUGAGUAUUUAUUGGAUGAAAUCAAUUAAAAUGAUGGACGAAAUCACCGGAUCAGAUAUGUAGUGGCACUUUAAAUUAACGACUAUAAAUAUAUUACAUUUCCUCAAAACAAUGUUAUGUUUUAAAGUUUUAUCUACCAAAUUUAUGUUCCUGUAAGUUAAGCUAUUUUUGUAGAAUUUUGUUGAUAUCUUCGCAAAGUCUAUUGUAGUUUUGUAAGCAUUUGAGUGAGAUUCAUACAUAGACUAGAGUGAGACUCAGAAACGAGACUUGGCGCGAAUAGCUGACGUAUGUCAAAAUAUGACAGUUAUUUGAUAUUAUUAUUUUCUUUAUUCCUACAUAAUUAUGUAUUUUUGUGUGUAUUAACGGUUACUUACGACUUUUUCAUACAAAGUCUCCUCAGGAGUUGUGUCGUAUAUUGCGGGCUACUGGAUUGUGAGGAAGAUGCAUGGUCUGGUCUGGCGCCUUAAGUUCCCAUGUCAUUUUCACACGUGUACCUCCUAUGUAUUACAUAUUUUCAUUGUCCUCAUUUUAACAUGUGUGAUGUUUGAGGGCAAAAAUAAAAUCCAAUAGAUUUUUGAACGUCAGAAUUCAUAAAUUCAGAAUUAGCGCUUAGCUUAGCUCGUUUCUGAAUCUCUUCUAAAGCCUAAAACUUAAUUUAGAAAACAUUUUUCAAGGGGACAAGCAUCUUGAGCUCUGUCAAAAUGUUAACAUAUGACACAAGGUGAUUUGACAGAUUGACGCCGGCUUCGUCUUAAAAUAUAAAGGAGGUUGUAUUUUCUAAUGUCAGAGAUUUCUUUUUAAAUUUUGCCAAUCAAAUCAAUUCGUGUGUGUGUUCCAAAACAUAUCUUGUGUUAAUGUUCGUAAAUGCAAUUAUUACCAUAUCAUAAUUAUAAGUUUAUUUAUUUUAAGAUUUCUCUUUAGUCGCUCCUCUAGCAAUAAACGAUAAUUAUUUUAGAUUAGUCAAAUGUACAAUAAUUUACGUAUGAAUAAGGCGUGUAUUUUUUCAACUUAAAAAUAUAUUCAAUACGUAAAAAUGUUCGAAUGGUAAGGUAAAGUUGGCGCGAAUCUACGCAGACAUUUGUGACAUCUGUCAAAGAUAAUGCUAACUUGGACAGGUUCAGCCAAUACAUUUUGAAUGACAUGACGCUUUCGCUUGGUUACGAAAUAAUUUGCACAGAUAGUUGGAAACCUCGCGAACCUGCGAUUACAGUUUAUUAAUCACAUUACAUAAAUUACGUUUUAUAUUGAAAUCUUUUGAUUAGAAAUAUUUAGUAAAGAUUUUCUUAACACAUUUUUUAGCUUUUGCUUUAGGUACAAGACCUUAAGAUUAAGACUGAGAAAGAAGAAUCUAAAUUCUCGGUUUGUAGUGACCUCUAGGCCUAGUGAUGUCUAGCGUUAGUUUCUUGUUACACUUAAAAAUAUAAUGUUCAAAAAUAGUAUUUGAAAAAUAAAUUUAGAGUCCAUUUCCCCGCUUAAAACAACAAUACGUUGGUAAAUCAAAUAUUUAUUAUUAUUACGAAAUUAUAUUUAUACAGGUGUACACAAGGUUUUGCGCUCGCUACAAAAAUUUAUAAACAUAAUAGAAAAGGGGAAUAAUGUAGUCAAUAAAAUCGUUUCUGUAUAGUAAAGAAAAUAUUAGACAUAGUUUUGUUAUUCAUAUGAAAAGUGGUGUGAAAAUAAGGUCAAUUUUAUAAAUACUGGCUACCUUUUAAAAAGAAAACAAUUUGUGCAUCUGUCAAUGUCAUAGGUAAAUGUUUCCUAAUCUGUGGACGGUAUCAAAGUAAUAAACUUUAAUUAUGCAAUGAAUAGGUUAAAUGUUUAAAUAUUUUGCUAUUUUAGUAAUGUUUUGUGAGUUUUUUAUUUGAUAUGUUUAUUUUCCCGCCAUUUUUUGUGUGGAGAUAAUUCAGACUUUAAAGUGAAAAAUUUGACGAGCUCCUUGUUAUUCUAUAUAAAAUGAGAAUUCUUACUAUUGCUAUUUUAAUAAGUUAAAUAAAUCCGAAUUAAGAUAUAAUUAAUUAUAAACGUCCACCAAAUUGCUUUACAGCAAUUAUUAUAAUAAUAACAAUUUAAAAUGUCAUGAUAAAUUAUGUAUUCGAAGCGAUAUUAAGAAUUCUUUAAGGUAUAAAUUUAUAAUUAUUGUAAAUAAUGUGUCGCUGUGUUAAUUGAACACGUCCACGUUAAUAUAGUAAAAAAUUUC